AAUAAAAUAAAUCACCUGGCGUCACCGGACUGAUCGUGCAAAAGCUACGGAAUAGCUUACAAAUAGAAGUUGUUGAACCAACAUUGUGAGGCGACGGUGGUGGUAUCAAAGGCUUUAUGACUGCUUCUGCUAUAGGAUACAAAGCGUUUGACUAACAUCUUGAACAAAAUGGUUUAUCUGUGGUUCGGAAGUCCAUUUCGACGUCUGGACACCUAGUACAUUUGUGGACCAGAGACGGGAACUGCCAGUAGCUAAGUGAAUGCAGCAGGUUCCACUGUCAUAUCACCUUCUCGCGCUAUAGCGGGGAGCCGGGGACCACUUCACGAAUUAUGAGCGGAAGCCUCCUCCUGCGUGGAUUUUGAUUACCUCCACCAAAGCCCGGGUCUCCAGGUACCAGCCGACGGAACCUUCUAUGAGGAUCGUGAUGGCCCACCUUCAGGCUGGCCUCAGUGCCGAAACCAUAGAGAAAGCCCGCCUAGAGUUGAACGAAAACCCAGACACGCUGCAUCAGGACAUCCAGCAGGUACGGGACAUGGUCAUAACCCGACCGGAUAUCGGGUUCCUGCGCACGGAUGACGCCUUCAUCCUGAGGUUCCUCAGGGCCCGCAAGUUCAACCAGCUCGAGACAUUCAAACUUCUGGCCCAGUACUUCCAGUACCGCCAACAGAACCUGGAGAUGUUCCAGAACUUUAAGGCCGACGACCCCGGCAUGAAGCGCGCGCUCAUGGACGGGUUCCCCGGCAUCCUCGAAACGCCAGAUCAGUACGGGAGAAAGAUCCUCAUCCUCUUCGCUUCUAACUGGGACCAGAGUAGGAACUCCUUCUCGGACAUCCUGCGUGCAAUCCUCCUCUCUCUGGAGGUGCUCAUCGAGGACCCGGAGCUGCAGAUCAACGGCUUCAUCUUGAUCAUCGACUGGAGCGACUUCUCCUUCAAACAAGCCUCCAAGCUCACCCCCAGCAUCCUCAAGCUGGCCAUCGAGGGGCUGCAGGACAGCUUCCCAGCUCGAUUUGGCGGCAUCCAUUUUGUAAACCAGCCCUGGUACAUCCAUGCCUUGUACACUAUCAUUAAGCCUUUCCUCAAGGAUAAGACCAGGAAAAGGAUUUUUCUCCAUGGCAACAACCUCAACAGUCUACACCAGCUGAUUUACCCAGAAUGCCUGCCGUCGGAGUUUGGCGGAACCCUGCCGCCGUACGACAUGGGGACGUGGGCGCGGGCGCUGCUGGGCCCGGACUACAGCGACGAGACGGAGUACACGCACACGUACGACGCCCUGCACGUGAAGGAGGCCCUGGGCCGGCCCGACCGGGACAGCGAAGAUAACCCAAUGAGGAGGUCUCAGUCAGCAGUGGAGCCAGGCACUCUGAAGCACAGAGAGAGAGAGGACGAGACGGCACAGCCUCUACUGGCCCUGGACUGAGAGGAGAGGAGAAGAGAGGAGGAGAGGAGAGGAGGAUGAGGGGAGAGGAAAGGAGAGGAGAUGAGUGGAGCGGAGAGGAGCAGCAAGACCAGAAAAGAGAGCUGGUUAGAGAGGAGGGGAAGGAGGAAGGGGAGGAGGAACUACUUCACACGCUCCAGUUUACAGGUGUAAGUCUCACCCGGCCUCCAUUCUCUCAGUGAGUUCCGCCUGCUUCCAGGAAGGCUGUCUGUUUUCCUCCGAGCCUCUCUGACACAAACGGGGCAGCGAGAAAUCUGACACAGAGACUUUAAAAUUUCAACGAUUGGCUGUGUGCUAAAAAAAGACACUUAUGUUCUCUGUUCAAAGCGAAAUGUGAAUGUAUCACGUAAUUGGAGCCUCAACUACUGUGACCUCAUCCAAACUGAAAUGUACAACGGAAUGUACGCAAUGAACAAGACAUCACAACGAACACAGAACUGUGUACAUAAAAGUGUGUAAACAGGGUCAUUCAGUCAAAGGACGCUGCAAGAGGAAGUGAUGGGGGAGGGGACAGAUGUAGGUAGCCUUUCUGAUAUGUGUGUGGCAAUGUAAACUGGUAUUGUUAAAAAGUAUUUUUAUUUAACACGGUAAAUCCGAUUAAGGUUGUUUAAACAAUAUAUCAUCGCGUUGCGGCAGCUGCCAAGGUGUUUUGCCGUCUGGUCGUUCCAUUUAUGUGUUAAAAUGUGCAGAUGUGAGAUUAUAAGCGCUACGGACUACAGAAGACUGGUAAACAAAACAGGCAAAAGAAACCUGAGAGGAGACUUCCCAAACUGUGGCUGCAGCUUCUUACUGACGCACAGCACUGUUCCUGAAGGGCCAUGUGUGUCUUCAGGUAUUAGACCUUAAUAAAAAAGAAAAUUAAGGCUGU